CUCUCUAUAUUUGCUAUAUAAAGACGAUCAUUUGCACACCUCCUUAAGCUAAUUAAACCCAUCAACAAACACAAAACAUACAUACAGACACAUAUAUAUAUGUCUAUGUCUCCGACAAUGUCUCGAGCAGGUGAAAGUUCCUCAGGCUCUUCCUCCGACAAGACGAUAAAGCUAUUCGGGUUCGAGCUCAUCAGCGGCAAUCGUUCGCCGGAUAUCACGACGGCGGAGAGCGUGAGCUCGUCAACAAACACGACGUCGUUAACAGUUAUGAAAAGACUCGAAUGCCAAUACUGUGGCAAAGAGUUCGCAAACUCCCAAGCCUUGGGAGGUCACCAAAACGCUCACAAGAAGGAGAGGUUGAAGAAGAAGAGGCUUCAGCUCCAAGCUCGACGAGCCAGCAUCGGCUAUUAUCUCACCAGCCACCACCAGCCAAUAACGACGGCGUUUCACGGAAAAUACAAAACGCAGUCGUAUUGUGCGUUCUCCUCCAUGCAUGUGAAUGAUAAUAAUAAUCAGAUGGGCGUGUACAACGAGGACUGGUCGCCGAUGUCAUCGCAGAUUAGCUUCGGCAACAAGAACGCGGGUCAAGACCUUAAUGAACAAAGUGGUGAGAUGGGUAAACUGUACGGUGUACGACCGAACAUGAUUCAGUUCCAGAGAGAUCUGACUUCUCGUUCUAGUUCAAAGAGAAGCAUUAAGUCGCUGGAUCUUCAUCUAGGUAUCGCCGGAGAUACGGCAUAACAAAGAGAUAGAGAUAUAUGAUUAAGAUAUACUAGUUGUGUAUUUUAUUGGGAAGAAAAAACGAAAAAAAAAAACCGAGACAUAUAUAGUGUUCUUGAAGCCAAUUUGAGUUUAUUUAUUAAUUAGGUUUAUGUAUGUUCUUUAAAAAUUCAUUCCAAAGUGAUGUUGUAGAAUUAUUCAAAAAAAAAAAAAAAACUCAAAUAGAUAGAUUAAUUAUCCAGAAAAUCCAGGAUCUUCAUCGUCAUCCCAAAAUAAAACACA